UUAGCUAUCGUUCAGUCCGUUAUUUCCACCGGAUUUGCGAACGACGGUCAAGACCAGCCGACUGCUGGCCAGGUAUCCUCGCUCACGUCGACGAACAACUUCAUCAACUUCUGUGCGACAAGGCCCGACUUGCAGAUCACAAACGGCAGACAGGUCCUGACGGGCUCGUGUAACCCCGCGCCGAUGGGCAUAAUCGCGUCCACCGCCAACAUGCCUUCCACGAAAUUCAUCUUCCCUCAACCCAACGCCACGGUCACCGCCAACGCCGACGUUACCAUCCAGCUUGCGGUCAGAAAUCUGGAGACAGGCCAUAUGACAAACGUGCGCUCGACGUUCUUGGCCGCACCGCAAGUCGUCAACGGCGUGGGCGAUGUCCAGGGCCACGUGCAGGUCGUCAUCGAGAGUCUCGCGUCGCUCGACCAGGUCUCACUCACAGAUCCCGACCGAUCUGUGUUCUUCAAGUCUCUAUCAGAUCCAGCGGUCAACGGCGUCCUGAGUGCCACUGUGACCGGCGGUCUUCCCCCUGGUUUCUACCGCAUCGCGUCGACGAGUGUGGCUGCGAACCACCAGCCCGUACUCGUUGCUGUCGAGGCACAUGGCGCCUUAGACGACAUGGUCUACGUGAGUGCCGCUUCGCAUCCGCGUGCUCUACGGAGUCGCUAA